AUGGUUUGGAAUAUUAUUGUACCCAUAGUAGCAAGAUAUGCAGCAGUAAUUACGCUACCAGUCGCAUUAGUUCUUGGAAGUAUUGGCUAUAUGAUUGAACGACAUUAUCGUGGCGUACCUACUACUCCUUACCGUCAACAAAGCAUUAAUGAUGAAAGAGAAGAACGUUUAUUAAAUACACGAGUACCAACAGUAAAUGAUAUGAGUCAAAUUGUACCAAAGACUAUAUUUGGAAAAAACGAUCCGGAUAUUUUAAGAAAGAAACAAAAGUUAUUAGAAAAUACAAACUAA